CGGAAGCAGAGGGCAGCUGGCUGCGGAGAGUGACACCUGAGGUUGGGCGACAUUCGGCUGGCCAGGCCCGGGAUACACAGGCCUCGGAGACACUCGGGCUUCUCCCCUCUGAACAAUGCGUUCACAGCGGGCCUAGCAAACGCGGACAACCUGUUCUCCAGUAUGAGCUCCUCAGCGGAAGAGCCCCGGACAUGGGGCACAGUGUGGAGACAUCUGCUGCUUUAUCUCAUGUGCCAGGUGUUGGUGCGAACGGGGCAUGCUGCUAUGACCAAGGAGGAGAAGGCACAGCUCAGGGCUCAAGUGCUGGAAAUGUUUGAUCAUGCAUAUGGCAAUUAUAUGCAACAUGCAUAUCCUGCUGAUGAACUGAUGCCUUUGACGUGCCGUGGCCGAAUACGUGGGCAAGAGCCAAGCAGGGGAGACGUAGAUGACGCAUUGGGAAAAUUUUCUCUCACUUUAAUUGAUACUUUGGAUACUCUAGUGGUGCUAAACAAAACCCAGGAAUUUGAAGAUGCUGUCCGAAAAGUAAUUAAUGACGUUAACUUGGAUAAUGAUAUUGUGGUUUCUGUAUUUGAGACAAACAUUCGAGUUUUGGGUGGUCUCCUUGGUGGACACUCUGUUGCUCUGAUGCUGAAAGAAAAAGAAGAACAAAUGACUUGGUAUAAUGAUGAACUCCUGCAUAUGGCUAAAGAGCUUGGCUACAAACUCCUUCCAGCUUUCAACACUACAAGCGGUCUUCCUUAUCCAAGAGUGAAUUUGAAGUUUGGAGUUAGAAGACCAGAGGCACGGACAGGCACAGAAACUGACACAUGUACUGCAUGCGCAGGAACCCUCAUCCUUGAAUUUGCUGCACUCAGUCGCUUUACUGGAAUACCAGUGUUUGAGGAACAUGCGCGAAAGGCACUAGAUUUUCUUUGGGAAAAGAGGCAACGUAGUAGCAAUUUAGUUGGUGUAACAAUAAAUAUUCAUACAGGAGACUGGGUACGCAAAGACAGCGGUGUGGGGUGCAGGAAUAGAUUCUUACUAUGAAUAUUUACUGAAGGCCUACGUACUGCUGGGUGAUGACAGCUAUUUGGAAAGAUUUAAUACACAUUACGAUGCCAUUAUGCGGUAUAUCAGCCAGCCCCCACUUCUACUUGAUGUGCAUAUUCACAAACCAAUGCUUACUGCUCGAACCUGGAUGGAUUCUCUGCUUGCAUUUUUUCCUGGUCUACAGGUUUUGAAAGGAGAUAUAAGACCUGCUAUAGAAACUCAUGAAAUGUUAUAUCAAGUCAUCAAAAAACACAAUUUUCUACCAGAGGCCUUUACAACUGAUUUCAGAGUACACUGGGCACAGCAGCAUCCAUUAAGACCUGAAUUUGCAGAGAGUACAUAUUUCUUGUACAAAGCAACUGGGGAUCCAUACUAUUUGGAAGUGGGAAGAACAAUUAUUGAUAAUUUGAAUAAGUAUGCUCGUGUUCCAUGUGGGUUUGCAGCUGUUAAAGAUGUACGUACAGGGAGUCAUGAGGACAGGAUGGAUUCCUUUUUCCUGGCAGAGAUGUUUAAAUAUCUCUAUUUGCUGUUCUCUGAGAGGGAGGAUCUUAUACUUGAUAUAGAAGAUUACAUUUUUACUACAGAAGCACAUCUUUUGCCUCUUUGGCUGUCCACUGCAAACCACUCAAAACAAAAGAAAAACACAACUACACAGUAUACAGAGCUUGAUGACAGCAACUUUGAUUGGUCUUGUCCAAAUACACAAAUCCUUUUCCGUAAUGACCCUUUGUAUGCCCAGAGUAUUCGCGAACCCUUUAAAAAUGUGGUUGACAAGAAUUGUCCUCGUACUACUUCAGGAAUGGAUGAGCUUUCUGGGAAUAGAAACAGACCACCAUUGCGAGCUAGAGAUUUCAUGGCCAGCAACCCUGAACAUUUAGAUAUCCUGAAGAAAAUGGGCGUCAGUCUAAUUCACCUGAAGGAUGGAAGAGUUCAACUAGUCCAACAUGCUAAUCAAGCUGCCAGCUCUAUAGAUGCUGAAGAUGGCUUGCGUUUUAUGCAAGAAAUGAUUGAACUCUCCAGCCAACAGCAGAAGGAACAGCAGUUGCCACCACGUGCGGUUCAGAUAGUUUCUCAUCCAUUUUAUGGAAGAGUGGUAUUGACUGCAGGUCCUGCUCAGUUUGGAAUGGAUCUCUCCAAGAACAUUGCAGGGACCCGGGGCUUUGUAGCCAAAGCUGAACCUUACAGUGGCUGCUCAGAAAUAACAAAUGCUGAAACCAUCAAAGGGAGAAUUGCACUUAUGCAGAGAGGUCAGUGCAUGUUCGCAGAGAAGGCUCGAAAUGUACAGAAAUCUGGAGCCGUUGGAGGAAUUGUUAUUGACGAUAAUGAUGGUAGCAGCAGUGACACAGCUCCUCUGUUUCAAAUGGCUGGAGAUGGGAAGAAUACAGAUGACAUAACAAUUCCUAUGCUGUUUUUGUUCAGCAAGGAGGGAAAUAUCAUUCUUGAUGCAAUACGUGAAUACCAAGAAGUGGAGGUUCUUCUGUCUGAUAAGGCCAAAGACAGAGCUACCAUUUUUAAAGAUUUAGAAGAUGAGAGUGGUACCCAGAAGUCAACAGAAAAUGACUCUCGAAAAGAUAUUCCAACAGAAACGUCAAUAUCUCAGCAGAAUUUAGCAGAUACACAGGACUCUGAAGAGGAAACAGUAUCAGAAUCAAAGUCAGAAACUUCCCAGCCCCACAAAACUGACAGUUCUCUUCAUACUAAGAAUGAGGAUGUCUCACCGGACAGUAAACCUGCACUUCCUGAAGAUACACAGAGCACUGGUGAUACGGUUCAGAAUUCAGAUAAAUCUAAACCUGAGAGGUGGGACAAAAAAGUGCAGCCAAUAGAGUCCAUAUUGGCAGAUUGGAAAGAAGAUAUUGAAGCUUUUGAAUUGAUGGAGAAAGAUGAACUAUGA